AUGACGGAAACUUGCACCCCAGGACAGCGCCUGGGUCUUGUGACCGAGUUCGAGCCAGGCGCGGGAACCUACGUCGCAGGAAGCUUUGUGUGCGCGUCCCUGGUCGGCAUCCAGCGCACCGUGCCCGUCGAGGAGACAGCUGACAAGCGCCUGCCCCGCCUCGAGGUCUCCCGCUCCACCCGCCCCGACCCCGUGCCAUCCCCCGGGGACGUGGUGACCGCCCGCAUCACGCGCCUGACGCCCCGCCUCGCCCUCGCCGACAUCCUGUGCGUGGGUGAACACCCCUGCGCCCAGCGCUACAGCGGCGUGGUCCGCAUCCAGGACGUGCGCGCCACCGAGAUCGACUCCGUGCGCCUGCCCGCCGCCUUCCGCCCAGGGGACCUGAUCCGGGCCGAGGUAUUGUCCCUGGGCGACGCCCGCUCCUACUUCCUCACCACUGCCAAGAACGAGCUGGGCGUGGUCUACGCCAAGAGCAUCGCAGCCGGAGUGCCCAUGGUCCCGCUGAGCUGGCAGGAGAUGCAGUGCCCCACCACCCAAUCCGUCGAGUCCCGCAAGGUCGCCCGCGUCUAG